AUGGCGGAACAACCUCGCAUCCUGCGGCCACGCCCCAGGCGCCCGUUCGAGAUUACCCCUGCCUCUAAUGAGUCGUCCGGACCCCCCACGCCCGCCGACGCCUCCAGCGCCGAUCUGCUGAGUCCCAACACUCAUGAGACCGAAUCGACCUCGACCAGCGUCAGUCGCACCGGCUCCAUCUUGAACCUGACCUCCUCGACCCUCUACGGAAUCUAUCAGCCCACCGCGUUCGGUGGCUUCCGCGGUGAAGACAGCCCCUGGGGCACGGAAGUCCACACUCCCGCGGCCGAGCACCCCCCAGAGCCCAUGCAGCGCGAUGCAGAGAAGUCUGCAACUGAGCCGCGUCGGUAUGCCCUCCGACGGACUCGCUCGCGGCUUAGCCAUGGGAUGUUCCGUGGUGUCAUCUUGCCGCAGGCAGUGAGCAGCGCUUUGCUGUUUGGCUUCGGAAUUGUUUACGGGGUGAUUACUGUCCACCUGCACGACAACCACUGGAUUACUCCUGUCAAGCUCGAGAACAUCCACUACUACGACUCAUGGCAAUACUUGGGUUCUUGGGGACUGGCAGGUGUCGCGUUGGGGAAUGUUCUUCCCUGGCUGGAUAGCUUGCGCGAGAGCGAGGAGGAUGAUCAGACAAAGGCUGGCAGCGAAGACGAACAGGAGCGUACCCCAUCAUGGGUGACUGUUGCUCGCAGUAUCGGAGCAUUUGUCGGAAUUGCUUUUGCCAUGCGUCGACUCCCCUGGCAAUCUACAACCCAAGCUUCAUUGACCCUCGCCCUCGCGAACCCCGUCCUCUGGUAUCUGAUUGAUCGCACUUCGACCGGUUUCCUUCUAUCCGCAGCUGUUGGCAUCACCGGCAUGAGCGCGGUCCUCGGGUUCAAGCCCGAAAUGAUUCCCGCAUCUACCGGACCGUCGGUGGGUACCACAUUUUUGAAUGGAACUGGAUGGGAGAAUGCGAUGGGAGCGGGCAUAACACAGGAAAGCAUUGCGGUCCGGACCUGGGUCGCUAGUGUCAUUUUCUGCGCCUGCGUGUGUUUUGGAAACAUCGGCCGCCAGCUCGCCAUCGGAGCCGGCGUCAGAAAUACCAUGAAGCCAUAA